UGCUUACGUCAAAUUCGCCGCCUUAACCUUAAAAAAAGUGUUAAAAAAAUUGCCGAUUUAAUGAAAAAGUGAACAUUCUUUUCAUACAUUCGUACGCAGUCAGAAUUUAAUUCCUUCAACGAAAUGGAAUUGUUGGUUGCGAAAAAAAAUAUCCUCACUGGAUCAAUAGAAUUAGUUUCAGAACAUGAGGACUUCGACUGUCUUCAAGAGAUUGCAAGAUCUUCUUUCGCUGAUAUGCUGCAUGAUACUGAAAGGAAUCAAAUGUAUGAAGCUGCUUUGAAAGUCGCUAUUGAAAAAAAACACAGGGAUGGGCAAAAAGCUGUAGUUCUUGACAUAGGAACUGGAACAGGACUUUUGUCGAUGAUGGCUGUGAGGAAUGGUGCAGACAAAGUAUCUGCUUGUGAGGCUUUUAAGCCAAUUAGUGAUUGUGCGGUCGACUUGAUAGAAUUGAAUGGCUUCAAGGAUAAAAUAAAAGUAAUUCCUAAGAAGUCGGUUGAUUUAACGGUAGGUGAAGAUGGGGAUUUAGAUGAGAAGUGUAAUAUUUUAGUUACUGAAGUUUUUGAUACUGAAUUGAUCGGAGAAGGCGCUCUGUCAACAUUCAAUCAUGCUCACGAAUUUUUACUCACAAAAGAUUGUAUAGUUAUACCAAAUUCCGCAACGAUAUAUGCACAAAUUGUGGAAUGCCCCUUUGCCCAUAAAUGGAAUAGGAUGGCCGAUGUGUAUGAUGAAGAUGGCCAGCUUCUGCUUGAAGUUCCCAACAGCAUAAAGUAUUGUUCUGGUUCUGCAGCUGUACACGACUUUCAAUUGAGUCAGUUAUCGAUAAAUUCAUUUAAAACCCUUAUGAAACCUACCCCGAUUUUCGAGUUCAAUUGGUCUAGUUACAUUCCAUUGAAGCGAACAAUUAUUAAGACUGCGAAAGCAGAAUGUGAUGGUAAAGCACAGGCUGUAUUUAUAUGGUGGGAUUUGAAAAUGGAUUUUGAAAAUAAAAUUAUACUCAGUUGUGCUCCAUAUUGGGACCAUCCUUUGUCUAGGAAUGAUAAGAGUGUUAAGAUUCCUUGGAGAGACCAUUGGAUGCAAGCAGCUUACUACUUUCCUAAGGAGAGAAAAUUCGUAGAAGGUGAAGAACUGAAUUUAUUGGCUGUCCAUGAUGAGUACUCUUUAUGGUUCAACAUAAAGAAGAAUUCGAAAUUUGAGGAAGAAGAGUAUGAUGUACCAUCUUGUAGUUGUUCGUUUCAUACAUUCCCAAGAAGUAGGAUUGCUCAAAUAAAUGACGGGCACAGAAAAAAAGUACUUAUAGAUGUCAUGAGACAUGAAGUGAAGGAUAAAAAUAUUUUGGUCAUAAGUAAUGGCUUUUACCUAAGUUUAAUUGCCUCAAAGUUCAAUGCAAACAAAAUUUAUAUUUUGGAUGAUAACUGUUACUCUUAUAGAAUAAUGCUAGAUUUCAUUUUGGAAAAUAAUCUAAACAAUGUACUUUUGUUUAAAGAUCUCAAGCAUUUGCUGAUCAUGGUACCGCAUGGUUCUAUAGAUGUAGUUUUAUCAGAACCUUAUUUCACUUCAAGUAUUCUGCCCUGGGACAAUGUGCACUUGCAUUUCGUCUUGAAAAAAGUUAAAUCAAUUCUGAAGGAGGAUGUGAAAAUCUUCCCCAAAGCUGCUUGUGUCAAAGCAAUAGCUGUUCAAUUUGAUGAUCUUCACAAAAUCCGUGCACCUUUGAAAGAAUGUGAGGGUUUCAAAAUGGUUAACUUUGAUAAAUUGAUACAGGAAUCUUCAAAUAUAUGUGAUGAAAUGGUUGAAGCUCAACCACUGUGGGAGUAUCCUGCAACAGCUUUGAGUUCAGUUAAAGAGCUUUUCCGUAUGGAUUUUUCUAGAGAUAACUCAAUAGUCCAACAUUCAUCAGGAUAUCUGCAAAUUGAGAGUAAGCAAGAAUGCAAUGGAGUUGUUGUUUGGGUAGAGUGGUUACAUGGUGAAACAAACGAUCAUAAUGUGAUUUCUACCGGUGCAAUCGCCACGCCAGAGAUAGGAAAGAAGAUAAAAUGGGAUGUGAACUGUAGGCAAGCAGUCUGUCUUUUUGAAAAUAAACUGGUUGAAUCUCUGAGGUAUCAAUUUAAGAUAGAUCUCAUUCAUGGUCGUGUAAACUUUAUCUGCUAAUAAAUAUAUUUUUCUACUAA